CGCCGCCAGCGCGGUCAGAGACAGCAACGCUCGCUGCAGCUGCCGUUCCGUGAAGCGCCCACUAAAAGUGGACACAACGUUAGUGACUGGGUUGCUGGGGCGUGCUGACAGCAUCCACCCGACCGCGGCUGCUUGGGCCCUCCGCGCCGCCGUACGCGGCCGCUCCCCCGCCCCUCGCUCCCCCCAAAAUGGCCGCGCCGGUAGAGCCCGCCUUAGUCCGCCGCCCUUCGGGGUCACCGCUGCCCGCCCGCUGCCGGCGGUAGAGGGGCGCUGGGCCGGUCGACGGCCCCCCUCGCGGGGAGGCGGAGGGAGCCGCGGGGACCUCCAUGAGGGGUUGUGGCCGACCCAGGCCGGGCCUGCCCAGGCGGCUGGCUCCUCCCUUGGGGAAGGAGGGUGCGCGGGGGCCGCCUCCCGCCGGGGCCGCCGCCGUGUGACUGGGAGCGUAGCCCCGGGUGGCUGCGGGGCGCCGGGCCUGAGCCGGCGGGCGUCGGCACCCUGCCCCCGGGGGACGGGGUCUCCCGGGCCCGUCCCGGCCCGCCGCGCCCUCCCCGUCCCCGCCCGUCGGCGUCCCCGCCGGCAGCGACGAUGUUCUCUCUGAAGCAGCCCAAGCCCACCUUUAAGUCCUACCUUCUGCCGCUGCCUCAGGCUGAAGACCAUAUAGCAUCAGAACCAAGGAUUAAAAAACUGGAACCAGUACUCUUGCCAGGUGAAAUUGUGGUAAAUGAAGUAAAUUUUGUAAGGAAAUGCAUCGCAACAGAUACAAGUCAAUAUGACCUGUGGGGCAAAUUGGUUUGCACUAACUUCAAGAUUUCCUUUAUUACGGAUGACCCAAUGCCACUACAGAAAUUCCAUUAUAAAAACCUCCUUCUUGGUGAACAUGAUGUCCCACUAACAUGCAUUGAGCAGAUUGUCACAGUGAAUGACACCAAGAGGAAGCAGAAGGUCCUUGGUCCCAACCAAAAACUUAAAUUUAAUCCAACUGAAUUAAUAAUUUAUUGCAAAGACUUCCGUAUUGUCAGAUUUCGUUUUGAUGAAGCGGGUCCCGAAAGUGCAAAAAAGGUGUGCCUUGCAAUAGCUCAUUAUUCUCAACCAACGGAUCUUCAGCUUCUCUUUGCAUUUGAGUAUGUUGGGGAAAUAUAUAAUAAUCCAGCAAAGAAGGUGAAUGGAAUAGACCCAGGAGGUGGUGGUGGUGGCAUCAGCAGUGCCAGUGGUCAGCAGACACCUUUGUUUGAAACCUACUCUGAUUGGGAUAGAGAAAUCAAAAGGACAGGUGCAUCAGAGUGGAGAGUUUGUUCAGUCAAUGAAGGUUAUAUGAUAUCUACUUGCCUUCCAGAAUAUUUUGUGGUUCCAUCUUCCUUAGCAGAUCAAGACCUUAAGCUAUACUCCUACUCUUUUAUUGGGAGACGAAUGCCAUUAUGGUCCUGGAAUCACCCUAAUGGGAGUGCCCUUGUAAGAAUGGCCAACAUUAAAGAUGUACUGCAGCAAAGAAGAAUAGAUCAAAGGAUUUGUAAUGCAGUAACUCGAAGCCAUCCCCUAAGAAGUGAUGUUUACAAAUCUGAUCUGGACAAGUGUCUCCCCAACAUCCAGGAAAUCCAGGCUGCACAUAUCAAACUCAAACAGCUGUGUGUUAAUGAGCCUUUUGAAGAAUCUGAAGAGAAGUGGCUAUCCUCACUGGAAAAUACUCGCUGGUUAGAGUAUAUUAGAUCAUUUCUUAAGCAUUCUGCUGAGCUUGUAUAUACAAUGGAGUGUAAGCAUGUUUCUGUAAUUCUACAAGAGGAAGAAGGACGGGACCUGAGCUGUCUUGCUGCUUCUCUCAUUCAAGUCAUGCUGGAUCCCUAUUUUCGAACAAUUGUUGGAUUUCAAAGCUUAAUACAGAAGGAAUGGGUGAUGGCGGGAUAUCAGUUUUUAGACAGGUGUAACCACUUAAAAAGAUCUGAUAAAGAGUCUCCUUUGUUCUUGAUGUUUCUUGACUGUGUUUGGCAGCUGCUAGAACAAUACCCAGCAGCCUUCGAGUUUUCUGAAAUGUACUUGACCAUACUGUACGACAGUGCACGUAUCUCAUUGUUUGGCACUUUUCUUUUCAAUUGUCCUCAUCAGCGAGUAAAGGAAAGCACUGAAUUUGCCAUAAGCAAAAAUAUUCAGCUGGGUGAUGAGAAAGGCCUCAAAUUUCCUUGUGUUUGGGACUGGUCUCUUCAGUUCACAAGCAGGGAUCGCCUGCUCUUUCACAACCCUUUUUAUAUUGGAAAGAGCGCGCCAUGCGUACAAAAUGGAGCAGUGAAAACUUUCAAACGCUCAAAGAAAAACUACAGCUCUACAUUGCGAGGUGUCCCCCCAGCAUUAAAAAAUGGAGUCAUCAGUGAGCAAGAGUUCCUUCCAAGAAGAAACUCUCUGAUACUAAAAGUGAAACCGGACUUUUUACAGCAAACAGAGAGUCAGAAUAACAGUAUGGAACAGUACUUCAGAGACUGGUUUGCAAAGCCUGUUGAUUUGCAUGGUGUAAUUCUACCCCGUCUCUCUGGAACGCAAAUAAAACUGUGGAAACUCUGCUACUUCCGCUGGGUUCCUGAGGCCCAGAUUAAUCAUGGUGGCUUCAUCACUGCUUUCCAUAAAGUUUCUUUGCUGGCAGAUGAAGUAGACAUGUUAAACCGGAAUCUUCGGCACUACAAAAGCAAUUCUUCUUUGCAAGGCAACUGCUCGGAACUGGAUCAAAGCAGGAUGUACUUCAGAGCAAAUGGUUUAAAUGACAGCUCUGGGCCCCCAGACUUUCUUUCCUCCUCCUUCCCAUUUUCUCCUGUAGGGAACCUAUGCAGACGGAGCAUUCUGGGAACACCUUUAAGCAAAUUUUUAAGUGGUGCCAAAAUCUGGCUAUCCACUGAGACGCUUGCAAAUGAAGACUAAGAUGAUGUGAUGACAGUUUAAAGGUUUGGAGAGAAUACAGCAUAUAAUUUUGUCUUUUCUAAGAUAACACUGCUAAAUGUGGCAUUGAAAGCUGUAAUAAUUUUUAUAUACAAACAUUACAUAAGUUUUGCACAAAUAUUUAAAAGCAAAGCGAGUCAUGCUUCAAAUCGCACAAUUUUGUCUUCAGUAGUUCUCAUGUGCUAGGGCUGCUGUCCCCGAUUCCUUUUGUAUUUCUGUGGUUUGGCUCAUUAUGUGAUGGAGCAUUUCAUUAGCUAAUCGAAAGGAUUGGUGUGGUCAUUAAUGAGCGUUCUGCUUGAAAUAUCUUUUUUCCCAGAUAGUGACUGAAGGGACUCUUGUGCCAAAACAGCUUGGCAAAUCGAAGUAGUCAGGUGCAGUGGGCGCAGACCGACAGCUGGAAUCUGGGAACAAACUAUUUUAUCAGAUUGCCUCUUCAGGAAGGACAUACGUACAUACUAAUGUUCUGUGACUUGAUCACCUUACAUGUGUGUUAAUACAGUGUGUAUCCAUGGGGGAGGUUGUUCCCUUUUCUUUCUCUCCCCAAAAUGUAUUCAUAAACAAGUAGUCAGAUUUGUGCUCUUUGUCUUGAGCUUCACUUUAGACUCUAGAAGUCAACUUCAGGACAAUGCACUGUUAACCUUAAAACAUUUACUGUAGAUAUGGUAUUGUAGUAGCUUUAGAAGUGCCUUUAAUUGGGAGGAAACAGUAGCAAGAUUACUCUAGUGCAGCUGACACCCCCACCCCCAAGUUUUUCCAGCAGAUUGUUAGUGUAAGUUCUUGUUCCAUCCCCCGCCUCCCCUGCUCCAUUUCUGGAAAUAAUAGAAGAGACAGCAGGUUUUUCCUCCUUUAGGUUAAGCUUGUUUCUAAGUCUCAUGAGAGCCUUUUUUACAUAAGCACCUCAAAUACUCAGCAUUAUACCCCUGCACGGAUCCUGAUCCCUGCCGACCCUCUCCUCAUCCUGUCCUGCUUUCAGCAGAAUUGAUACUUAAGCCUUACUGAGUUCCAGGAAGGAGGACAUGCUCCAGGUGGCCAAAUCCACAAGGGCGGCUAGUGCUGUUGUCAUGUGUAAGCAGGUGCUGGAAGAAGAGUGGUUAGUAGUGCCACCUUUUUAUGUACAUGCAGGUCCACAGGGACAGUGCAAUGGAGAAGCACUGCUUGAGGGAAUUAAAUCCAACAGCCUCCCUCUGCUUAAUGCAGCAACUUCCUCUUUGCUCCAAAACCUUUUAAAUGAUACCUCUGCCCUGGAUGCUGUGCUAGAAAAAGCCUCAAGUUUCAUAGGGAGAAAAAGCAAGAGAGUAAAAUAUACUAGGAGGGUGGAGGAGUAGUAAUGCGUCAUUCUCAUAGGUUAAGGCUUUUGUCAACUACCUUGUCUUAACAGCGAGGCUAUAUUUGAUAUUAACUGAUUUCUGUGUAAAACACGAAUGCCAUUUAACCUACACUAAACCUCCGUUCAGGUGCUAACAAGUUGAGGCACUGAGGACCUUAUAUGAUAGACCAGAAGCUAUUCUCAGUUAUGCAGGGGGGAAGCUGUAUGAUGAUGAUACACAGCAUAUUACAGUUAAAAAAAGGGCAGGGAGGGAUGGGAUUUGGAGCUCUUAAUUUGUUUGUAAAACCAAACUGGUCUUCAGCACAGCCUAAAUCACAAUGUGGGUUUUGGAUAUCUAAGAUUGCUCAAGUAUUUAUUUUUGAGAAUAUGCAUCUGGAGUGGCCUUAAGGUGUCAGCUUUGUGCUAGAACAGCCCAGCGCAUACAGAAGCUUGUUUUCCCCAGGCUAAACCUAACAUAUAAAGCUGGGGGGGCACUAGGUGUGCUGCUUUCUCAUGCUGUGGGUGGUUUGGUGGGAGUAAGGGGACAGUUUCAUUGUAAAGGUGGGCCAACAGGGCAGGGGAGAGGGGAGAAGACUUCCUUUUUUUUUUUAACUAACCAAACCCCCAAAAACCUGUUUUUAUGCAAAGCAGCUGAGCGUGUCUGUGCAUACAUGUGCAUGUGUGCAUCUGCAUGUGGACACGCACAUCCAUGUUCUGACAUAAUGCCAGAUUAUUUCUGGUCAACUGUUUGUGAGGAAAAAACAUGUAUUCACCUCAAUUGCCUGAUUAUGCUGCAAGAUGAUCUGAGCAUGUUAAAUGGUCCACAAACUAGUUGUGCGUAUUUACAGGCUUGCUGGAGCAGUCAUCUAACUGGUUCAAUUCAUUAUUCAAAUGUCUGUAGUAGUUCGCUGUUAUGAUUUUUUUUUAUUGGCUUACUGCUUUCCCUGGCCUGAUACUUGACAUGAAAGACCUCAACCUGUGUGCUUAGUGUCUUUUGGUACCAAUUUUUUAUUUUGCAAACUACAGUUAAAAAUUAUAGUGUCUUCUUCUUUUCCUUUAAAGUAUAACUUUUUUUGUUUAAAGGUACCAAAAAAAAGUGUAAAUAAAUUACUCCAUACAGGGAGCUGGUGGAAUUAAAAAAAAAUAUUAAUGUUUAGGCUAGUAUUCUUUAGGGGAAAAAUUGGGUACUAUAUUUAAACAGGAUUGUCUUUUGUAAGAUUUCAUACAUUUUUACAUUUCACUUCUGAGAUGUGUACAGAUGCUGCAGAUGGUCUUUGUAUUUUAUAUGUAUAUAGCAAGGAGGGUGGUUACAAAUAAUAUGCCUUUAUAAUAAACAAAAAAACUGUCUAAAUAUCUAUUUGCCAAACAUGUAAGAAGAUAUUUUACACAGUUCAAAAAGGGGGGAUAUGCAAGUAGAGGCUGAGGUGGCGAUAAGCACGGAGACGGCAAGGUGGGGUACCUCCUGCAGGGAGGAAGGGGAGCUAUCCACACUCCCCCAGAAAUGUAGACAAGAUUCUGCUUUCUUGUGUUCCCACAGGCCUUGCCUUCUGAGGGGUCUGAACAACUGCUGUGUGUGUGUGCUUGCGUGCCUGCAUGUGUUGUUUCUUCCUCAUAAGUUAAACAUCUUAGUUUCUUUAAUUUACUUUUGAAAGACAGGUACUAAAUGUUAAUUUUAAAAUAUUCUCCACUCUGCACAGUUGCCUUAUCAAUAGUCAGUAGGGACUGCUCUGAAUGUCUUUAAUAACUUUCAAAAGCAAUUUUGAGGUGUGAGUACAUAUCUAACUUCUGUGUACAGAAUACUGACAUACAAGUGUUAUAUAUGUGUGUGUGUAUAUAUGUACACAUUUUCAACUUCUAAUUUCUGUUCACCAUUUAAAACAAGAUACUGUUAAUGCCAUUUUGGUGUUGCAAGAGUAGUAAAAUUACCAAGAUUACUGUCUUUUUUUUGUCUCUUUCUAGAAAAUGUGCACUAUUUUGGCUGUUACUGGCUGUUUAUAUCACGACUUUUGUACUAUACUGUAAACCACAUGGGAGGGAAAUACAAAAUGCUGGUUGAUGUGGUUAAGGCCGUACCUCCAGUGUCAUUAACUACUGUGAGGUAGAGUUUAUUGUAGACUUAGUGAUCGUGGUACAACUUUAUUCACCAUUUACUACCACUUAUCAAAGAAAUUUAUUUCAUUCCAGAAAUGAAUGUGUUUGUGUGUAUAUGAAUACCCAGGCCUUGCACAUCUUCCACUUUGAUAUUAACUGCCCUGUAUUUUUAAUGGAAAUGUAGCAAGUGGGGCAAAGGUUUUGGCUUGCUCUCAGACGGAAAGACAUUAAAACCAAAACAUUUCUAACAUAUAUUUAAGCAAAGGAUGAAAUUUUGCAUUUGCCUCUAACAUGAGACAGACAUCUGUACCUCAAAUUGCUCUAGGCAGUAGGUUUCUAACGCUGUUGAUGUGAUGGUUUAGAGUUCAGUAUUUCAACUGAAAGUAAAACCUUUGUGCCUGAUAAUGAUUUAUUGAGCAAAGUAGCAGUGCCAAGAAGAUUAUAAACUCCUGAUGCUGAGUUGUGAAGUAAAUUAGACUAAAUAAAAGUUAAUACCUUUCCACAGCAAA